CCAUUUCCAUUAAUGCCUCCACCCACCUCCGGGCCGCCCCCAUCUACUUAUCCAAGCCGAUCGAGCGCUUGCUUCCAAUCCAGUCUCGGGCCGUUGCAUACUUCCAUCCGCCACCCACCCCGACCUUGCCCGCCGCGCCGCGCCCCAGUGCCGGCUGCCGGCCAGCUGCGCCCCCGGGAUCCUUGAGCUGGAGGUGGUGGUGGAUGACCAGUUCUCGGAAUUUUCUGAGGGGAAGAUCGGGGGGUGUUGUGUUGGUCCGCAGUGGGUGAGCGGCGUUUGAAGCGAUUUCGCGCGUGGCGGAGUCGUUGGGUGAUGCAGGAAUUUUAUCCUGGGCGGCUAGGACUGCGUCACGCUCAAGGUGUUCGAUUAAUUGCCUCUGAGAGCACACACACGUGCGAGCUCAGCUGCUAUAGGUAUACUGGUUUGAGUGGUUUUUGAAUUCUGAUCAAUUGCGAGAGAGAUGGUUGGGAGCGUGCAUAUGAAUGGAUCGGUGCACGGUGCCAAUGGCACUGAGGAGCGGCUGGACGAGCUGCGCCGGCUGCUCGGCAAGUCGGAGGGAGACUUGCUCAAGAUCGUCAGCGUCGGUGCUGGCGCGUGGGGCAGUGUCUUUGCUGCUCUUCUGCAGGACGCCUAUGGCCACUUCCGGGAGAAGGUGCAGAUAAGGAUUUGGCGUCGCCCGGGGAGGACAGUCGACCGGUCCACUGCAGAGCAUCUCUUCGAGGUGAUCAACUCGAGGGAGGACGUUCUAAGGCGCCUCAUUCGCCGCUGUGCCUACCUGAAGUAUGUCGAGGCACGGCUCGGGGAUCGGACAUUGUAUGCUGAUGAGAUAUUGAAGGAUGGAUUCUGUCUGAACAUGAUCGAAACACCGCUCUGCCCUCUGAAGGUCGUCACCAACCUGCAGGAAGCCGUCUGGGAUGCUGACAUUGUGGUGAAUGGAGUGCCAUCCACCGAGACAAGGGAGGUGUUUGAGGAGAUCAGUAAGUAUUGGAAGGAGAGGAUCAGUGUUCCGGUAAUAAUUUCCCUGGCAAAGGGGAUAGAAGCCUCAUUGGAUCCGAUUCCUCAUAUCAUUACACCCACUCAAAUGAUUAGUUCAGCAACUGGAGUUCCAACUGAGAAUAUACUCUAUCUUGGAGGACCAAACAUCGCCUCAGAAAUUUAUAACAAAGAAUACGCAAACGCUCGAAUCUGUGGAUCCAACAAGUGGAGGAAGCCUCUUGCUAAGUUUUUGAGGCAGCCACAUUUCAUUGUCUGGGACAACAGUGAUCUUGUCACUCAUGAGGUGAUGGGUGGCCUGAAGAAUGUCUAUGCAAUUGGCGCUGGAAUGGUGGCAGCUUUAACAAAUGAGAGUGCAACAAGCAAAUCUGUAUAUUUUGCUCAUUGCACGUCAGAGAUGAUAUUCAUUACUCACUUGUUAACAGAACAACCUGAGAAACUUGCUGGUCCUCUGCUGGCUGACACUUAUGUAACUCUCCUAAAAGGUCGCAAUGCAUGGUAUGGGCAAAUGCUUGCCAAGGGAGAGUUGAGUCCUGACAUGGGUGAUAGUAUCAAGGGAAAGGGAAUGAUUCAGGGUAUCUCUGCCGUUGGUGCAUUUUUUGAGCUGCUUAGUCAACCCAGUUUAAGUGUGCAACACCCGGAAGAAAACAAGCAGGUUGCUCCAGCUGAACUAUGCCCAAUCCUGAAGAGGCUUUACAGAAUAUUGAUAAAAAGGGAGCUCCCAGCAAGAGACAUUCUCCAAGCCUUGAGGGAUGAAACGAUGAAUGAUCCUCGCGAAAGGAUUGAGAUGGCACAAAGCCAUGCAUUCUACCGCCCAUCUCUCCUCGGGAAACCAUGAUCAUAUUAGUUCUGUAUAUUAGAAGAACAUAAACGAAGGUGGGAUGAGAUCGAAUUUGCCAAGCUACCGAUCAUUCUUGAUCGAACUUGGAGCAGGUGUAUCUGCACUGCUGCUGGCCUGUGUUUGAGCUUAUAGGGCCUUCGUCAGUUGUGGAAUUUUUUGUGCUCCUUCAUUGCCAUGUUGUACAAGAUCACUGAAUCAAUAAACUUUAUGAUCGCCAGUCAUAUGAACAGAGUACCUGAGGAAUAAGCUACUCUUGAAUCUCUUGAUGGAAA